AUGGAGAAGAUUGUAAAAGGCGCCACAAAAAUCAAGUUGGCUGCGCCCAAGUCCAAGUACAUCGAGCCCAUACUGUCUGCCACGAAUGGCGGAGAAUCAGGUGUCGCCGAAGUCUUCCGUACUCUACAACUUCGUCUGAGAGACUCGACAUGGACGAUUGUCUUCAAGGCGUUAAUCGUGGUCCAUCUCAUGAUAAGAGAAGGUCAGCCCGAGGUUACUUUGAGGUACAUAUCCGAAUCGCCCAAGAGGUUGGCAAUCAGCAGCUUCACAGAAGUUCAAACUCAAGGUCUUAAUAUCCGAAGGUACUCGGAAUACUUAUUGGAGCGAGUGCGAGCCUUCCGUGAUACCAAGACAGACUUCGUCAAGUCAGGAGCUGGGAAGAUGCGCAGACUGACGGUGGAAAAAGGGCUGUUGAGGCAAACCGAGAUUGUGCAGGAUCAAAUAGAGGCGUUGGUGCGAUGUGAUUUGCUGGGCACCCAUGAUCCGGAUAACGAAAUUUCACUGACGGCUUUUCGUCUUUUGACGCUGGACUUGCUGGAGCUCUUCAAGGUAAUGAACGAGGGCACUAUCAAUGUUCUAGAACAUUACUUCGAAAUGUCCCGUCCUGACGCUGAGCGGGCACUGCAAAUUUACAAGACUUUUGGCAGGCAGACGGAAAUGGUGGUGCAAUAUCUCAGCCUUGCCAGACAGUAUGAAAUGUCGACUCGCCUGGAGGUACCGAGAUUGAAGCACGCACCAACAACCCUGACCAAUGCUCUGGAAGAAUAUCUCAAUGAUCCGGACUUUGAACUCAAUCGAAGACAAUAUCUGGCGCAGCAAGAAGCGAAAAGGACCGGGAAGCCAGUUUCUGCCGCUCCAGCAUCCAAUCCCUUCGACAAGCCGGCAACAAAAGAAGUCGCCGCGGCAUCAUCUGCAGCCAAACCGCAACCCUUGCAGUCACCGCCUAAAGGCCCAGCACCGGACCUGAUUGACUUCUUUGAGUCCAUUGAGCAGAACCAGCAGACGAUGGGUCAAGCCAACUUCAACCCGCAGCCUCAAUUUCAGCAAGGAACACCCCAAGCCCAGUCCUAUCAGCAAGCACCUGUGCCUCAACAGAUGGGAUACAAUCCAUUUCUGCAGCAACAGCAGACGUUCCAAAGUCAGACCCUGCCGCAGGCUCAGACUCAACCUCUGCAAACAGAUUUCACAGGUGCAGGGUUCGGUGGAUAUGGAGCUCAGCCACAGCAGCAGGUACAGCCAGCAGGGGGGUUCCAGUUUUCGACACAGCUGUCACCGAUCCCUCAGAACGGCGUGGCGAACUUCCCGUCACAAUCGUUUCCGUCGGCUCAGCUGUCUCCCAUACAACCACAGCCAACAUCCACCAAUCCGUUCCGGCAGUCCACGAUGAAUACCGGAAGCACUCAAUUUUCCCCGGUCAGCCCUCCUGCUCCGGUCCGGUCGUCGACCAAUCCAUUUGCGAAGCACAACACUGGCGCCAUUCCCCACAACGACCACACGGCAGGGACCAUGCACGACCAGACAACCCUCUCUCCAGUCUCACCAGAGCAACCUUUUCCUUCGAACCCAUCCUUCCUCUCGUCUCCGUCGCCUCUCCAACCUCAAAGAACAGGUACGAAUCCGUUCGCGAAGAACCGGCCGACGACGUCUGGAGGCCCCGUGACAACAAACGUGACGGGAAGCACCAAUCCAUUCCGACAAAGCGCCUUUGUCAAUCAACAGACGGGGCAGGGCUGGCAGCAUAGCAACCAGGGCACUCUGUUGGGAUUUGACGUGAAUAAUAAGAUGGACGAAGGCACCGGAGAUGACAUUCCGACGCUCUCCAUCAUCCCCUACGACAACAACCGCGAGAUCGUGCUCCGCCACGCAGACACGAUUGUUUACCGUGAUCCGAGAACCAACCAACUAGUUCCCUUCCAUCGAAACCAGGAUGUAGAACGACGCUCCUCCGACUGUCCGACGUGCGGUCGCCCGUGGCAUAGACAAGGAUCCUCAAGCACCCAAGAUCCUGGAUCAAGCCCAAUGGAAGAUCAGCCGAGUUUCAUCACAGAGGGCUAUUUUGAAAUGCUCGCCCGAAGUCUUCCUGGUUCAAACGAAACAUCUGCACCACCUUCCCCGAGACGCCGAAUCGCCCAACCCGUCCGCUCUCGGCUUCAUCCUUCCUCGGCCACUGUGUCGCCGCCUCCAAAUGCAGAGUUUAUUGCCAGCGCUCCGGUGCCUGCUAGUCAAGCCCACGGGAUCUCGGAGACGGCCUUUUCCCCAAACUACUUCGAGAAGUUCUUUGUCGAAGAAAGAGAGCUCGGAAGAGGUGGCCGAGGCGUUGUUCUGUUGGUCAAACAUGUCCUCGACGGCGUUACCCUCGGUCAUUUUGCUUGCAAACGUGUUCCCAUUGGAGAUGACCAUGCCUGGUUGGAGAAGGUCCUUGUCGAGGUCCAGCUUCUGCAGACUUUGUCCCACCAAAACCUAGUCUCCUACCGGCACGUUUGGUUGGAGGACUUCCAAAUCAGCACAUUUGGCCCAAGCGUCCCCUGCGCAUUCAUUCUGCAGCAAUACUGCAAUGGAGGAGACAUGCAGAAUUACGUCCUAGGCUCGGCGCAAGCAUCCACGACGACUCAAGAACUAAAAGAACGGAUUCGUCGGAAGUCAAAGGGGGAGUCAGACCUGCCUCGGCGGCCAAAUGAACCCAAAAAGUUGCAUUUCGACGAGAUUUACAACUUUUUCAAAGACAUCACAUCCGGAUUGAGGCAUCUUCAUCACGCCGGCUUCAUCCAUCGAGACCUGAAACCCAGCAAUUGCCUCUUACACACUGUCGGCGGUGAGACCCGAGUCCUAGUCAGCGACUUUGGCGAAGUCCAGUACGAAUAUGCUACUCGAAAAUCCACCGGCGCUACCGGGACGAUAUCGUAUUGUGCACCUGAAGUGCUCCGACGCAUCUCUCCAGGUGGACCAUUUGAGAACUUUACGUCAAAGUCCGACAUCUUCUCACUGGGCAUGAUUCUACAUUUUCUUUGCUUUGCAAACCUUCCCUACAAUUCCGCAAACGUCCUUCACGAAGAGCGUGAAGACAUAGAUGAACUGAGAGCAGAAAUUACUAGCUGGGGAGGAUUUGACGAUCAGCGCAAGUUACGCCCAGAACUACCGCCUGCACUCUACUCUUUUCUCAAGCGACUUCUGUCCUUGAACCCAGAUGAACGGCCGAGCGCAGACGAUGUCCUUCAGGUCGUCUCUUCUGGUAGACUUGAUGAUAUUCCUGCCGCACGGAGGCGGAACUCAAUGGAACCAGAGGAAUUAACUCCAGGCCGACGGAUCCAGAAGUUGGAUACACCACAAAAAGGGAACUCCCCCCAGGGAAGACCAAAUCGCGAUGUCCCUUCUAGACCAAAGCGAUCAUUCUUUCGAUCCCCGAGAUCGGUGUCUCAGGAGCCGAGAGGAUCCGAAGCGGUAAUCAGCGACCAUGGGUACACAAGCGGCAGCGAGGCAGACCGGGAGCAACUCGCACGCAAAACGUCCGCGUCGACACGGCGCGAGUCUGCAAACCUCAAGCUUAAUAGCACUAUGAUCCUCCGGGCAAAGCAUGCCUCAUCGUCCCUUCCAUCUUCCCCUUUACCAAAAUCCCCUACACCAUCACCGGUCCGGCAACAGCUCCUCCUUGAACCGGCACAACAGCUUGAUCGGCCGGCGUUAUCCCUAUUGCUCUAUCGAUUCUAUAGUUUCGCCGACGCACCCAUUACCUCCCCCUCUACCCGCCUCGCCAUACUCGGAGUAAAACUAUUCACCACUCUCCAACCCUGCCUAUCACAAGGCAUGAAUGCGAUAGUCGUCUAUCCUAUCAUCGCCAUCGCAUUUCUAGAGUUUUCAUUGACGCAUUUGCGGAUAUGGAAAGCCGGGGUAGCUAUGCUGGCUCAUUUCUUUGUGCUUGCCAUAGCGUGGAGAACGGAUAGGUUGUGUUGGACUUCCAAUGGCUGGUGGAUCCAUUGGGAUGGCGAAUGA